AGCACACACGUAUAAUUUGCACACAUGAUUCAUGAAUCUGAUGUCAUCGUAAGCAUGUAUAUAUAAAAGAGCUGCGUGCAAUAUCAUCGCUCAUCAUCAUCACUGAUUAGAAUGUAAAAAUGUUUUUUUGAAGACAUUCUACUUCCUCUUUUAAGAGUCUCAUCUUUCUUCCUCUUUCAAGAUUUUUAUCUCCAAGGGUUUUUUCAAGACGAUAUUUUUCUUUCUCCUUCAAGAGUUUAUCUCCAAGCUUUGCAAGUCGUCUCUUUGGUUUUCAGUUUUUCACUAGUCAAAGCUAACGACUCUUCUCGCCGGCAACCGCCGUCUAAGGCGGAAAAUUAUCAGUAAUGUCACGUACUUCCGCCACCUCCAUCACUCCUUCCCGCGUGAGAGCUGCGAAUUCACACUACUCAGUCAUUUCUAGACCUCGAGCACAAGACGACAACAGUAAACCGAAAUCUUCUGGUUACGAUGUGAAGAACGAUCCGGUUAAGAACCGGAGAUCAUUUCUGCUCAAGAGAGCAAACUCCAGAGAGGAUGAGACAGCGGUUCUAGCACCUCAGAGAGCUCGGUCUGUAAACCGUCCGGCGGUGGUGGAGCAAUUCGGUUGUCCGAGGCGGCAAAUUUCUAGGAGGAGCGAUGAAGCAGCAAUGGCUGCUGCGGCGGAGGAAGAUGAGAAAAGGAAGAAAAUGGAGGAGAAGCUUGUAGCGAACGAGUCACUGAUUAAGGAUUUGGAAGCGCAGGUUUUGAGUUUGAAGACAGAACUAGAGGAAGCUCGGAACUCAAAUGCAGAGCUUGAGUUGAAGAACAAGAAGCUUUCUCAAGAUCUUGUUUCAGCUGAAGCUAAGAUUUCAUCUCUUUCCUCUAACGACAAGCCAGCUAAAGAACAUCAGAACACAAGAUUUAAAGAUAUACAGAAGUUAAUCGCUAGCAAAUUAGAGCAAUCGAAGGCUAAAAAGGAGGUAGUGGUAGAGUCAUCAAGAUCAUCUCCACCAUCACCUUUACCUUCAAGACCGCCGUUUCCAAAAUUUUUGGUAUCUCCACCUUCUACCAAUUCAGGUAAAAGAGAUGAAGCUUCAUCACCUAUUGCACCACCAACACCACCACCUCCUCCGCCACCACCACCACCUAGGCCUCUUGCUAAAGCAGCUCGUGCUCAGAAGUCACCUCCAGUUUCACAGCUUUUUCAGUUGCUGAAAAAGCAAGAUAACAUUAGAGACAUUUCGCCGUCUGUUAGUGGAAACAAGUCUCAGGUUAACAGUGCUCACAAUAGUAUAGUUGGAGAAAUUCAAAACCGUUCCGCCCAUCUCAUCGCUAUAAAGGCCGACAUUGAGACAAAAGGAGAUUUCAUCAAUGAUCUUAUCCAGAAAGUUUUGACAACUUGUUUUUUGGAUAUGGAAGAUGUAACGAAGUUUGUGGAUUGGCUUGAUAAUGAACUAGCAACUCUGGCUGAUGAGCGAGCUGUGCUUAAGCAUUUCAAGUGGCCUGAGAGGAAAGCUGAUGCCCUGCAAGAGGCUGCAGUUGAGUACCGCGAGCUAAAGAAACUGGAGAAAGAACUUUCUUCCUACUCCGAUGAUUCGACCAUUCACUAUGGUGUUGCCCUGAAGAAAAUGGUCAACUUAUUAGACAAGUCGGAGCAGGGGGUAAGGAGGCUAGUCAGGCUACGCGGCUCGUCCAUGCGUUCUUACCAGGACUUUAAAAUCCCAGUCGAGUGGAUGCUUGAUUCGGGGAUGAUAAGUAAGAUCAAAAGGACAUCUAUCAAGCUUGCUAAAACCUACAUGAAUAGAGUUGCAAACGAGCUAGAAUCAGCUCGUAACAUGGAUAGGGAGUCUACUCAAGAAGCGUUGCUUCUCCAAGGAGUCCGGUUCGCUUACAGAACGCACCAGUUUGCGGGAGGGCUCGAUUCGGAGACAUUGUGUGCAUUAGAAGAGAUAAAGCAACGUGUUCCGGGUCAUCUCCGACUAGCACGAGGGAAUUUGCCCGGAGCUCCGUCCUAGAAAAGUAACAAACAGAGUAUUAUGAGGCCUUUGGUAUUGGUAUAUAAAUUUGUUAUUUGCGUUCAUAGUAUUUGUUGAGUGAGUGAGUACGUGUUGUGUCCCAUAAGCCACGUAAUAAUAAUGUUAAAUGAAUCUAAAUGUGCCUCUAAUAAAAUUACUCAAAAUAUUUUUC